GAUAAUUAUUAGAGAGUCAAAGUUGUAGAAAUUGAUGCAGUCUUGGUCAAUGUUGCGGAAAAUGAUGAAGACUGGUCAAGAUUGCGGAUUCUGAUGUAGACUGGUCAAGAUUCGUCCAAGCGUCCAGGUUCAUCCAUGAUGAUCGGGUCCUUCGCAUAAGGAGAAGGACGCACGUGGGCUGGUCGAGCUGGUUGGCCGGUGAUCUUCAUGAACUGAUGGUGAAUCCUCGGUUUGGUCGAGCUGGUUGACAAGAUCGCCACUUUGGUUCGUGUCCAUGAACAAAAAAGAACGGUGCUCGAUUUUGGUUCUAUCACUGUGGUUCCCAAUUCCGCACGUGGUGACUUCCUAUGCUUUCCGACGGGUUGUUGCCAUCAGUCAGUUUGUUAAUGGGUCUUAUCGGAUUGCUGUUGCAUUGAUGAUGGUCGCCGCUGAGAUUAACAUUUCUUUGAGUGUGAGGACGUUUGAAGAGUUGACAUCGGUGAGGGCUCUGAGACCCGGAUUGUUCUCGUUGAAGAUGCGUCCAAGCUAUAACAUCUUUAGCGGUCACCCGAACAAGACUAAGAACUGGCGGCGAUCCUAUUUCUUCGUCAAGUCAGAUGAAUAUGCUUUUGCGGAGCCUCCGAAUGAUGAUUAUCGUGUUAUGUGGAACCUUAGACUCGGUAGUUAGCGAAUUGCUAUACUUGGUUUUUGCUUCGUUAGUCGCCUAACCAUUACCUUUGUGUUUUUUUUUGUUUUUUUUGCAGUCAGCCAUCCGAACACGAUCGCGUAUCCGGAAAACUUCUUUGAAGACGCUCAGGCUCUCGCUACGACGAGUCAUCGUCGCUGGCCUGAUCUCAGUCAAGAGUGGACACGUCAUUCCCAGGAUCGUGCCUUACGAGGUGGUGUUCGCGUUUGCUUGUUUGCUUCUUACUCCUUCCUUUGCUGGUUCUGACUUGAGUUCUUCUCUUUCUUCUUUUGCAGAGACUUACUGGAUAUCUAACCAAGCUCCGAUCAUCAACCGAAAAAGGAAGAGGCGAUUGUCACUCUUUACUAGGAAACAGCAGGGGUUACUCAACAAGGCUAGGGAAAUGGAUGGAGUCCCGGACUUAAGCGCUCUCCUGAAGGGACAACUAAAGCUUUUGGCGACUAAGGAUAAGGCCCCUUCUUCCAGCGCUGGCGCUGAUCCUGCUUCUGCUAGGACUUCUCUUCCGACUGAUCCGGAAGUUCAGGAACGACUCCCCGAGGUAGGAGCUUCCGAUCCGGGGUCCGCAGCUGGUUCCGCUGAAAACAAGAGGAGAAAGAAGAAAUCGGGGAAGAAGAGGGCUCGUGAUGAGUCUGCGAGCAACGAAACGGAGGUGGCUGCUGAUGUGGUAAACCAGCAUGACCCCGAUCCGUCUGAGGGAACUGCCCCAUCUGAGUCCCUUGAUAAGAAGAAGAGGAGGAAGAAGAAGAAGGAUGCCGAGAACUCUGUCGCGUCGCGGGACGGCAUCGUUGAUCCUUCUCUUGGAGUACAAUCUGAGGGAAUCCUGGAGGAGCCUUCUGUUCUCGCCAACUCUCCUCCCCGUGAUGAAGUUCUUCUCCGAAAAGAUGCUUCCGAUGCUUUGGGGCAGUCGGGAGGAAGUCCUAAGAAGAAGAAGAGUAAGGAUGUGGCGGGACCUCUCAGUAGCGUGCAAAGCGCACCACAGCUCGGCGGAUCAGCCGGUGGGAACUUCCCGGUGAGAGGGUUGGCUCCGGAUUUCAGGGAUCGGAUCAGCUUUUCCUAUGACGAGAGGAUGCCAUUGAUUCUGAAUCCUCCGCGAUGUGCUGAGUUGACUCGCCAAAUUCGAGGAGAUCCUGUUGGUCUGCCUCCGGUGGAAGAGCUUACGUUCAAGGAGCUGUACGCCGAAGCUGCAUGUUCGAGCAAGCGGAAUGAAGCAAACAUGAACUUGCUUGUCGCGGCGUAUGAAGGGGAGUUGAGACGCACUGUAGUUCAGUUGGCAGCGGCGGAGAAGCUUGCGAGGGUGCGGCAGCUCGCGAUCGAUCGCGUAAAGGGGGAGCUCAAGGAGGCCAAGGACAAAGCCAUCGAGGAUAAGGAGAUCCUCCGAGAGCAGUUCGAGAAACUCGAGGGGAAACUGAAGUCUUCUCAAUCCGCAAAGAAGAAGUUGAGUGACGAGAACGCGGCUCUGAAUAAGAAGAUCGCGGCUCUAGAAGAACAUAAUGCGUCCAUCUCCGCGGAAUUGUCUUCAGAGGGAAAGCGGCUUAGGGACUCCCGAAUUCACGAGGUUACUCAGGAGAGGGUGAGGGUUCUGAGUGCGAUGAUCGCCAAGGCUAACGUCCGCUUCAACAACAUCCGGGACUGCGAAUCUGGUCGAGGUGAAUUCGACCUAGCCCGCAACCUUUACGGGCAAGCGAUGGGAACGAAGAAGUGUAUUGAGAUGAUCUUGAAUAGCGGCUCUCCGCUCACGCAGGAGCACGUCGAUUUCUUCGCUGCGCAGGAGAAACAAUAUGAGGCGGAGGUUGCCCGACUUGCAGUAAAACCUAUCCCGGAGUCUGAUCUUUCGCUGGCGCCUCUAGUUCUUCCAUCUCAGUAUGUUGACGAAGAUGCUUUAGCGUCGCUUGAUCUGUUUGGAUCUAACAUGAGUGUGAUGAACUCUGAUGCUGUGGCUCUUCUUCAGCGUUCGGAGGAUGAGCAGCUCGAAACCGAGCUUCCUGCUAAGACCGCUACUCCAAGUAGAGUCGUCGAAACCGAGUCCUCUGCUAAAGGUCCCCCGUUCAUGAUUUCUGAUGGGUCUUUAAGCGAGGAGGAAGGCGGGAUCGGUGAUUCACCUUCUCCUCUUCUCGUUAAUAACGAAGUAGAAGCAGGAGGGAAGACGAUGGAUGCAGAGGCCGCUGGCGAGAGCGGUGGAGGAGCGAAGGAUGCGGCUGAUCUUGCUGGAGGGGAGGGCGCGACUGAUCCUGUUGGGGCAAAAGAUCGGACUGAUCUGGAGACUCAUCCCGAGGGUCGCGAGCCUUGACUCUCUUUGUGUGUUGUAAUAUUAUUUACUUAAUCUCUUUUUUGGUUAGGGUCCCGUCGUUGUGACGUAGCUUGAUCCUUUUCUUUUUCCAUUCGGAUAUUGUCGCUUGUCUUUUUUCUUCAAAAUUAGCUGCGGGACUGUGGCCGCCUUUCGGAUAUUGUUGCUUUGCCCUUUUUUAUCGACUUAUUCUCUCUUGCUUAUGAUGCUUCGUGAAGUUUUUUAUAGUUGACUCUUCCUUGCGUAUGAUGCUUCCAUCCAGAAACUAGCUUUGGUUGCUGAAAAACUCUUAAGGCAAGAAAGAGAUGUUCAGCUGCAAUUAUGCUCGCUGAAAGCAGGAAGUCUUCUGCAGGCGAGUUUAUUCGCCGAAUCAGAGUCUUCCGAAUCGCGUUUUGGCUCGCUGAACCCGAGUUCAAUUGCCAACUCUCAUUACUAAUCUGGGUUCACGAGCUAGUUCGAAGUACACUUGAUAGGCGCACCCUUAGGAGGUUCAACGAUGCCGUUAUCCAGCGCGACGGUAUUAUCGCCACCUUUCUUUUUAUUUGCGUAAGGCAAGGGGCUUCUCUGGAGUCAAUUUUGCUCGCUGAAGCAACGUGCUUCUUCGAAUUGCGAAUUAAUUCGCUAAAGGCAGGGAGCCUUUCCAGAGGCGAUUUCAUUCGCCAAGGUAGGCCUGCUCAAAUCGUGAUUUAAUUCGCUGAUUUUGCCAGUGAUCUCGGCUUGAUUUGUAUGGUUUGGUUAUAGCUGCACCGGUUAAGGCUGCCUACGUACCUCAAAAAGGAUCAAGCCAUUCGUAGUACGUUGGAGUCGGGUAAGAGUGACGCGGGGGGUGCACUUACUCGACUCUUUUUUUUUGUUUUGUUAUGUUAUAGCUGCACCGGUUAAGGCUGCCUACGUACCUCUGAGGAGGAUCAAGCCAUUCGUAGUUCGUUUUUUUUGUUUUUUUUUUUUUUUUUUUUUUACAAUCGUAUAAGAGUGGUCUUGAAGGCGCACUUACACGAUUGUUCUGUUACUGAAUGAAGUGUGUCCAGCGCCUGCUGAGCAGCAUCUGAGUUUAGGCGGAGUAACGCUUAAGGUGCAUGGAAUUCCAUGCUCGAGGGACUGCUUCACCGGUUGACGUUUCUAGACGGUAAACCCCAGGUUUGAUUACUUGCGUGAUCUUGUAUGGCCCCUCCCAGUUGGUGCCGAGCUUACCAGCUUUCCACUCCUUAGUGUUUUCAAAUACUUUUCUGAGAACAAGAUCUCCUUGUUCGAGAGGGCGCGACUUGACCUUUUGGUUAUAGUAACGCUCAAUUUGAUGUUGAUAAUUCUGGAUUCGGAGCAGGGCUUGAUCGCGGUAUUCCUCGAUUGCGUCAAGGGCGUCAAGUAGCAUACUUUGAUUGAGAUCAACGUGCUGAGGCAUUCGGGACCUGCGGAGACUGGUGACGUUAACUUCUGCGGGAGCCAUUGCUUCAACGCAGUAAGCCAUAGAGAAUGGGGUACAUUUGGUCGCGGAACGCGGCGUGGUGCGGUGAGACCAAAGGAUGCCGUCCAACUCGUCAGCCCAGCAACCCUUUUUCAAGUCGAGUCGUUUCUUUAGUCCGUCGAUAAUCGUUCGGUUAGACGACUCAGCUUGGCCGUUACUUUGCGGGUAUCGCGGCGUUGCGGUGUUCAGACGGAUUCGCCAUUUGUCGCAGAAAUCGCGGAACUGAUGAGAGAUAAAUUGCGAUAUGUUGUCUGUCACUAUCUCGUAGGGGAGACCAUGACGGCAGAUGAUGUUGCGCCAUACGAACUUCUGAACUUCCUUGUCUGUAACGCUCGCGAAGGCUUCUGCUUCGAUCCAUUUGGUGAAAUAAUCAGUAAGGACAAGGACGAAACGCUUUUUUCGUGAAUUUGGCAUUGGCCCGAUAAUAUCCAUUGCCCAACGCAUGAAAGGGUACGGUGCCGUGAGAGUACGCAACUGCUCGGUGGGGCAGUGGAUAGUAGGUGCAUGUCGUUGGCAUUUAUCGCAGCGUUUGGCAUAUGAUUCGCAGUCAGCGUUGAGAGUAGGCCAGUAAAAGCCUUGGCUUCGAACUUUGAGUGCUAGGGCUCGUCCGCCAGAAUGAUUACCCGCCGCGCCUUCAUGGUUUUCUGCCAUGACAAGUCGCGUUUCG